AUGUCAGAACUAGUGGAUCGUCAGCGGUCUGAUUUAACACAGGAUGAGCUCCAGCAGUUGGAAGAAUUCGAGUUUAAGCAUGGUCCUAUGUCUUUGAUAAACGAUGCUAUGCUAUCCAAAGUACCAGUGAUAAUCUCACUGAGAAAUAACCACAAAAUUAUAGCCCGUGUAAAAGCCUUCGAUAGACACUGCAAUAUGGUACUUGAGAAUGUAAAAGAGCUAUGGACCGAAAAAGUGAAUAAAAAGACGAUUAAUAGGGAACGCUUCGUUAGCAAGCUCUUUUUGCGGGGGGAUUCUGUCAUCGUUGUUUUACGAGCGCCGAUUUGA